AUGGCUCGUGUGGCGCUGGUUUUGAAAUGCCUGCCAGAAAUAAGUCUCGAAGCACUAAAAGAUCAUACUAAAGGUCUACUACCCCUUUUGAAACUGAGCUCGGCUUCUUUGGAUGUGAUUAUCACGGACAAAAUAACGAAUUCUGACCGGCUGGACUGUGUACUUGGAAACCUAUACAGCAAUAUACGGGAGGUCUUGUUGAUCGAAAAUCUCUAUGAAACACCUAUUAACGUUUUGUUUAACCAAGAGGACGACUGGCUGAAAAGCCAUGCCUGGGACCUGCUAUUAGUAGGCGUUGAACUGCCAAGUCUUGCGAACUACAACUACAAGAAACUGAAAAAAGUGGAUCUCACCAGCAAAAAUACUUCCGCGAAUGAAAGGCUCUACCUAGAUACGGAGCAGCACGAUCUCGGGUUAUACAGUGUAAGCGCUCUUGGAGGAACUUUUGAUCAUUUACAUGACGGGCAUAAGAUUCUUCUGAGCGUUGCGGUAUUCUUAACGUCUCAUAGAUUAAUAGUGGGUGUGGCAGACCACGAACUUCUGAAAAACAAAAAGUUUCCAGAGUUUCUAGAAUCCUUUGAAUCUCGAGCUCAGAACGUCAAAAAUUUUGUAGCAAGAACCAAGCCCACUUUGCAACUUGAGAUUGUUGCAUUGCGGGAUGUAUGUGGGCCAACAGGCGCUGUUCCAGAGAUUCAAAGUCUCAUUGUGAGCCGCGAGACCGAAUCAGGCGGCGAAAUGGUAAAUGCGGUGCGCAAGGAGAAGGGCUUGCCUGGUCUUGAAGUCCACGUAGUAAAUGUUUUAGGUGGUCAAGAGGAGGAUAAUUGGAACGAAAAGCUUAGCAGCACAGAGCUGCGUAAGCGCAAAGUCGUUGAGAAUUAG